CUGUAAGACCUCUGUUCGUCAGAGAUGCGAACCAAGCUCACCGGCAGUACUGUCUGAAGGUGUCUCCCACACACAGGCCGAUGCGGGGCAGAUGCACGAUGCGGCCUUGUGGCAGCCCUGAACACAUGUACGUUGACAUAGCUCAGGUACAAGCCUUCAAGUUCAGAGCCAGAAUGCGAGGCAGAUGCUGUGCGAGAGGGGCUUCAGAUUCUCGAGUCUUAUGAGCUUGUCUCGUAUUGUGCGCGCUCAAAGGUUCCAUUGUUGUUGUUGUCGUCCUUGUCGUUGUCGUUGCUUCUCACCGCCAAGCAUGCAGGGGAUGUCGUUGGUUGUGUGUCACCAGACCCAUUGGCUUGCAGCUUGCAGCUUUCGUCAAGCUGAUGAAGUGAGCUUACCGUCAUUAGCUGUAUGUACCGUGGCAGUGACUGACACUUUGACCACCUUCACCGUUUGCAUUCCCUCCGCCUACUUCAUACACGCUCCCUCACUCUUCAGACACCGACCAUCGAAGUCGCUUCCCUUGGCUCGCCUUAUAGCUCGACCCCCUUCUCAACCUCAUCUCGACGCUACGAUGUCUUGGUUCGGUGGUGGCAACCGCCGCGACGAAUAUGAUGAGCGAAUUACCGAAACCGAACAGUACUCCACAGACUACGACCGUCGUGGCGGCUAUGGCUACGGCGGUGGGCCUCGCCAAGACGAACGUAUCACCGAGACGACUACAACAUACUACACCAACGACCGGCCGCCGCCACCACAGUGUCCGUAUCCCUGGCGCCCACAUUGGGACGACCGUGAACGGAGGUACAUAUUCAUCAACGAGCAAACCGGUGAGCGUACUUGGGACUUUCCCGACCGCAGAGGGUACGUGGGAGAGACUACCACAACAUACCCCGAGGGUCGUCGUGGAGAGAGCCAGCGCCACGGUGGUGGCCACGGUAUGAUGUACGGUGCUAUGGCAGGCGUAGCGGGUCUGGCGGGCGGAGCAUUCCUUGCCCACGAGUUCCACGACAAUAAGGACCGGAUUGAAGACGGCGUCGAGGACUUCCCUGAGAAUGCCGCCCGCUGGACCGGCGAAAGAGUGCAGGAAGUGGAGGACAUCCCGGAGAAUGUGGAGGCCGGCUUCGAUAGGUUCGGCAACCGCAUCGAGCAGGGAUUCGAUAAUGUGGUGGAUGAUGUGGUCGACGCCCCUGAGAACGUUGCGAACUGGGCCGGCCGUCGGGUUGAAGGCGUCGAGCAGUUCGGCGACAGGAUUGGCGACGCCUACGAUGAUGGCAAGAACGAGGAGAGGGAAGAAGACUACCAGAGGGACGACAGAUGGUAGGUGUCUGCGGGGCGUGAAUCGCCAGAACAGAAUGACAUCUUGCGUUGAGCAUUGAGGUGCAUUGUCGACUGCAUAAGGGAGCGUAUGAGCAUCAGGCAGCCUCUGCCGUGACGAAGCCACGACAGAACAUGAGAUUCAACAAAUGGGAUGAUAUCGGAGGCAUGGCAUAGCGAUGGUAGAACUGACUGCCUUGUCGGCUUCAUAAAGCUAAAAGCGUUUGGGGGCGGCUUCAGCGUACCCACUGCAUGGACAUUGUCCCCGCUCCUCAAUGUGUAAAGAUUGUGUCAAGUUGCUUGGCUGCAGAAGGUUGUCGAGGAUGAAUGGACGUCAGGCAGUAUUGAUACGCUGACGACGCAUUUGCAA